ACCUAAUCCAGAAGCGAAACAUACACAAACAUGGCGAUAUUACAAGCAGUCAAGAUGCAGCCCUCUCUUCGCUCUUCGUUAUAUUUAUUAGUCUUCUGGGUUGCUGGAUUUAAUGCGUCGACCCUUCGUCUUCACCCGGAGCAGCGUUACAUGCUGCCGCAGAACAGAGGAUUUUUCACAAUAGAAGCAAAUGAGGAUUUACCGUGGGGAGAUGGAGGAGGCGCCGAGGAUCCGGAGCUGCCUCUGUCCGCUCGGAGCGUCGCUGAAGGCGGGUCGGACUCCGGCGCCUUCCCGCUGCAGCGAAGCCGCCGGAGCGCAGGAGAUUCGCCCAUGCCAAAGGUGUACGGGCAGGCCAACCUGAACGACUCUCAUAACCAGAUGGUGGUCCACUGGGCUGGAGAGAAGAGCAAUGUGAUCGUCGCGUUGGCCCGAGACAGCGCAGGAGCCACCGGGCCCAAAACCAGCUCGGUCUAUGUGUCGUACGACUACGGGACCACCUUCACGCUCGUCUCAGAGAAAUUCCAGCUCUCAGGGGUGAAGUUCAAAGAGGGAGCAAAGCAGGUCAUCUCCCAGUUCUACCACAGUCCUGCAGACAACAGACGGUACCUUUUUGUGGACUCCACCAACAACUACCUGUGGAACACCUUUGACUUCUGUAAGAGUGUGCAAGGCUUCUCUCUGCCCUUCAAACCCACAGACCUGCUGCUCCACAACAGAAGAUCCAACCUGGUGCUGGGCUACGAUGGCUCACACCCGAACAAGCAGCUGUGGAAAUCAGACGACUUUGGGGAGACAUGGGUGUUGAUCCAAGAGCACGUGAAGACCUACUUUUGGGGCGUGGAUCCCUACGACCCCCCGACCACAGUGCUGGUCCAGAGACACGAGCCCCAGGGUGUCUCCACCAUACUGAGCAGCACCGACUUCUUCCAGAGUGAACUGAACCGCCGGGUGAUCCUGGAGCAGGUGGACAGCUUCCAGCUCCGAGAGAAGUACAUGUUUGCUACCACCACUCGGAAACUGUUUGGCAGCCAUGAACCUUCAUCUGUUCAGCUCUGGGUCUCCUACAACCGCCAACCAAUGAAAAAUGCCAGGUUCAUGACCAGACAUCCAAUCACAGAGUACUACAUUGCCGACGCUUCAGAGGACCAGGUGUUUGUGUGUGUGAACCACCUGAACAAUGUCACACACCUUUACAUCUCGGACACACAGGGCCUGUCCUUCUCUCUGUCAUUGGAGAAUGUGCUGUACUACAGUCCGGAGGGCUCUGGCAGCAACACACUGAUCAGGUACUUUGCCAAUGAGCCUUUUGCAGAUCUUCACAGAGUGGAGGGACUGCGAGGAGUCUUCAUCGCCACGCUCAACAACGGCUCGGUCAGCGAGGACAACAUGCGCUCCGUCAUCACGUUUGACAAAGGGGGGACAUGGGAGCUGCUGCAGCCACCCGCUGCAGACAGCCUGGGAGGAUCUGUGGACUGCCAGCUCAGUAAAGGUUGCUCUCUGCACUUGGCUCAGCGCUGGAGUCAGCUGUUCAACAUCCAGCUGAGGAGGAUGCCCAUUCUAUCCAAAGACUCUGCCCCGGGACUCAUCAUGGCCACAGGAUCUGUAGGCAGGAACUUGGCCAACAAGCCCAAUGUGUACGUAUCCAGCAGCGCUGGAGCCCGCUGGAAGGAGGCUCUUGCAGGCCCCUACUUCUUCACAUGGGGAGACCACGGUGGCAUCCUGAUGGCCAUCCCACAGGGAGGAGCCACCACACACCUCAAGUUCAGCACUAAUGAAGGCGAGACGUGGACGGACUUCAAGUUCUCCGACAGGGAGGUGUUUGUGUACCAGCUGCUGACUGAACCCGGGGAGAAGAGCACCAUCUUCACCAUCUUUGGCUCCUACGCUGACCAGAGACACAGCUGGCUCAUCCUGCAGGUCAACACCUCCGACGUCCUGGGUGUGCCGUGUUCAGAGGCCGACUACAAGCGCUGGUCUCCGUCAGACGAGCACGGUAACGACUGUCUGCUGGGCAGAGAGAUAACGUUUAAGAGACGAGCUCCUCACGCUACGUGUUUUAACGGAGAGGACUUCGACCGGCCAGUCACCAUCUCUAACUGCUCCUGCACCCGGCAGGACUACGAGUGUGACUACGGCUUCAAGCUGAGUGAAGACUUGUCUCUGCAGGUGUGUGUGCCUGACCCUGAGUUUGUAGGUGACCUGUACGCUCCUCCAGUGCCGUGUCCUGUCGGCACCACGUACCGCCGCAGCAAAGGCUACAGGAAGGUACCGGGUGACAGCUGCAGUGGAGGAGAUGUGGAGUCCAGACUGGACGGAGAGAUGCUGCCGUGUCCAGUCGGAGAGAGUAACGAGUUCAUCCUGUACGCGGUGAGGAACUCCAUCCAUCGAUACGACCUGGCCACAGGAGCAGACCAAGUCCUGCCUCUGGCCGGACUCAGAGAGGCCGUGGCUCUGGACUUUGACUACGACAGGAACUGCCUGUACUGGGCUGACAUCUCUCUGGACACCAUACAACGCCUGUGUCUGAACGGCAGCACGGGUCAGGAGGUCGUCGUCAGGAAAGAUCUGCAGAACGUGGAAGCUCUUACCUUUGAUCCCGUCAGCAGGCUGCUGUACUGGGUCGAUGCUGGAGCGCAGAAGAUUGAGGUGUCUAACCCUGACGGCGACCUGCGUCACACUCUGCUCAACUCGUCCGUCCUGGAGCAUCCCAGAGCUCUGGUUCUGCUGCCUGGAGAGAGUCUGAUGUUCUGGACCGACUGGGGAGACCGAGCAGCCGGCAUUUACCGGAGCUACAUGGACGGAUUCAAUGUGUCCUGCAUCGUGUCUGAAGGCGUCCGCUGGCCCAACGGGAUCACGGCCGACGACCACUGGCUGUACUGGACCGAGGCGUACAGCGACCGCAUUGAGAGAGCUGACUUCAUGGGGGGCCAGAGGAGCGUUCUGAUGGAGGGGCUGCCCCACCCGUACGCCAUCGCUGUCUUUAAAAAUGACCUGUACUGGGACGACUGGUCCAGAAUGGGAAUCUUCAAAGCUCCUAAAGCCGGCUCCCAGAGCAACGAGCAGAUCGUCGGCAGACUAACCGGAGUCAUGGACCUCAAGAUCUUCUAUAAAGGGAAGAACAGAGGUCAUAACGCCUGUGUGGACCAGCCGUGCAGUCUGCUGUGUCUGCCUCAGCCCGGACAUCGACACACCUGCGUCUGCCCAGACGGAGCCCCGACUUUAACAAUGCCCGAUGGAGAGCUGCAGUGCCAGUGUCCCAGCGGCUACCAGCUCCAGAAUAACACCUGCGUGAAGACCGAGCACAGCUGUUUGCCCAACCAGUACCGCUGCUCUAACGGCCGCUGCAUCAGCAGCAUCUGGAAGUGCGACAGCGACAAUGACUGUGGAGACAUGAGUGAUGAACAAGAGUGUCCCACUACGACCUGUGACCCAUCAAACCAGUUCCGCUGCAUAGCCUCAGGGUCCUGCAUCCCUCUGGCCUUCAAGUGUGACCACGAAGAUGACUGUGGAGACAACAGUGAUGAAGAGCACUGUGAGUCUCACCAGUGUGGCCCAGGAGAGUUCACGUGUGCACGAGGUGUUUGUAUCCGUGAGGCGUGGCGCUGUGAUGGAGACAACGACUGCAGAGACUGGUCUGAUGAGGCCAACUGUACAGUGGGCCACCAUACAUGUGAGGCCAGCAGCUUCCAGUGUCACACGGGUCACUGUAUACCACAGCGCUGGGUGUGUGAUGGUGAUGACGACUGCCAGGACGACUCUGAUGAGGAUCCCCAACAUUGUAAAGGAACUCGCUGUAACGGCUUUCUCUGCUCCAAUCACACCUGCCUUCCUGCCACUGCUCACUGCAACGGCAUCCAGGAGUGUCCAGAUGGUGCUGACGAGCACAAUUGUGACCCGCUGUGUACCCGCUACAUGGAGUUUGUGUGUAAGAACAGAGCUCAGUGUCUGUUCCAGUCUCUGGUUUGUGACGGGAUCAAACACUGUGAGGACGGAUCUGAUGAGGACGCAGCCUACGCUGGAUGUGCCACGCCCUCUGAGUUUGGUAAAGUGUGUGACGCCUACACCUUCCAGUGUGCCAACGGAGUGUGUGUGAGUCUGGAGUGGAAAUGUGACGGCAUGGACGACUGUGGCGAUUACUCUGAUGAAGCCAACUGUGCUGCUCCCACGGAGGUCCCCGGCUGCUCCAGGUAUUUUCAGUACGAGUGCAGAAACGGACGCUGUAUUCCAACAUGGUGGAAGUGUGACGGAGAGAACGACUGUGGGGACUGGUCGGACGAGGCCCAGUGUACAGGUGGCGUUACUCCUCACACUGUAGCCCCUGGCCCCUCCACAUGUGCCCCUAACCGCUUCCACUGUGGCUCUGGAGCCUGCAUCAUCAACACGUGGGUGUGUGACGGCUACGCUGACUGUCCUGACGGCAGCGACGAGCUGGGAUGUCCCACAGCAGCUAACGGCUCUGUGACGGUCGCUCCAGCACCCACCCAUCCCGCUCCUCCCCCGCCCUCCCCCAGCCGGUGCAGUAAGGGUCAGUUCCAGUGUCGCAGACCCCCCCUCUGCAUCCCCGACUGGCAGCGCUGUGACGGUCAGAUCCACUGUCAGGACCGCUCUGAUGAAGCCCAAUGCCCCACUCGUGGUCCUCUGUCUUGUGUUAACGGGACUCGCUGCUCUGAUGGAGAGGCCUGCGUGCUGGACGGUGAGAGGUGUGACGGUUUCCUGGACUGCUCCGACCACAGUGACGAGGACAACUGCACCCUCGAUUCUCUGGCUUAUAAAGUCCAGAACCUCCAGUGGACACGAGACUUCCUGGGUGCCAUCACCUUGACCUGGUCUCGCCCCAAAAGCCUUCCUCUAGACUCCUGUUACUUCCUGGUUUACUACAGGCUGGUGGGCACCCAGCAGUGGACCAUCAUGGACACCCACAGCAACAAGACCAUCUACCAGCUGACGGUGUUGAAACCGGACACCACCUACCAAGUCAAGGUGCUCACUCAGUGUCUCAGCAAGCUGCACAAGACCAACGAGAUGAUCACAGUCAGGACGCCUGAGGGAUUGCCCGACCCGCCCAGGAACCUGCAGCUGUCCUGUGAUAACGACGAGGACGGGAAGGUGCAAGUGUCCUGGAGUCCUCCUGACAAAGGACACGGCCUCAUCAGAGAGUACAUCGUUGAGUACAGUGAGCGAGGGGGUCUUGAAUGGACGUCACAGAGGUGCACCACCACCAACACUGAAGUUAAAGAGCUGCAGCCGGACACUAUGUACAGGUUCAGGGUGGCAGCAGUGACGAGUCGAGGUGUUGGAAACUGGAGCGAAGUGAAAUCUAUCACGCCUAAAAAAGCUCUGCCUCCGCCCUCUGUGAUCACCGACACUGUCACCAACGACUCGCUGAGCUUCUCAUUCAGCUUCAACUCUCAGUACGAGGUCAAACAGUACAUUGUGAUUCUAUCAUGGCAGUUUGACUCCCAUGUCAAGGAGAACAAGAACUACACCGUCACUGAGAGGAUCCUCAGAGCUACAAACCUGACAGAAGGGACGGUGUACGAGGUGGCCGUGUGGGCUCACACCAGUAUAGGAGACAGUCCCACUGCUCUGUCCCAUCACCAGACCAGCGGCACCCAGCCAGACCGGCCCCAUUUCAAAGCCCGGGCCCUCAACCAGACCGCUGUGGACUGCAGCUGGAACAUGACCGGACCCCUUCCUCAGGUGUACGGUGUGUUUUAUGCCACCUCCUUCCUGGAUCUGUACCGAAGUCCUCGUCAGCUCAGCACCUCGUCUCCCAGUCUGACGGUCACAGUGGACAGUGAUGAGCAGUAUCUGUUCCUGGUGCGCGUCGUCUCCCCCUUCUUGGGUCCUCCCUCUGAGUACGCCGUGGUGAAAAUGAUCCCCAACGAGAGGCUGCCUCCCAGAAACCUGCAUCGAGUCAGAGUGGACAAGACACAAGCCACGCUGAAGUGGCAGCCGCCAUACGACACUCCCAACGCACCUCUGACGUACGCGAUCCAUGUGCGGGACGGGAUCCGUAAAGUGGAGCGCGACUACAAGCUGACCACGCAGAACAACACGGUGGAGUAUCUUCUGAAAGGCCUUGAGCCCGGAGGACGAUACAGCAUCUCUGUCCGCCUGAGAAACAUGAGCAAGGAGGCCAGCUUCACUCUCAGCACAGUUCCCCUUCCGGCUCCCGAGGCUCUGAAGAUCCUGACUGAGAACGACCAUGUGUUCCUGUUCUGGAAGAGUCUCGCUGUCCGAGAAAAGGGCUUCAACGAGAGCAGGGGGUAUGAGGUGCAUGUUUACGACAGUGUGACCAACCAGACGUCCAUCCUGGGAAACACCACAGAGACAUAUUUCAGAAUCAGCAGCCUGCUGCUCGGACACAACUACACCUUCUCCGUGCAGGCGCGCUGUCUGCUCAGCGGUCAACUGUGCGGAGAGCCUGCACUCCUGCUUUAUAACCAGCUGGCAGCAGGGGCGAGUGAUGGCUCCCGCGCCGACAGCCACUCAGGGGACAUGGCGGCCGUGGUGGUUCCCGUCCUCUUCCUGUUGCUCCUGGGAGUGUGUGGCGGCUUGGUGGCGCUCUACCUCCGACACCGCAGGCUGCAGAACAACUUCACCGCCUUCGCAAAUUCGCAUUACAACUCCCGCCUGGGCUCAGCCAUCUUCUCCUCUGGGGACGAACUGGGUGAUGAUGAUGAGGAUGCUCCCAUGAUCAGCGGCUUCUCGGACGAUGUUCCCAUGGUCAUCGCGUAGCACCACAUCCCUCCCUUACCAGUUUUCUCUUUCCUUCUCCCCCUUUUCUCUUCUUCCUCCCCCCCUUCACUCCCCCCGUUUCUUCCAGUCAAAUGGUACGGUACACAGUGGAAAAGGUCGAAAAAACUUUGCCGCCAUCCCAAAAAUCCGUCGAUAGGAAGCCAUCCCGAUUAGCAGGAAACAUGAAGAAAAAUGGAAAAGUGUAAAGAGAGAAAGAGAUAUUUUUCAAAUAUACAAUGCACUUUUUUUGGAUGCGCAAUAACUUAUUUUUUAUAUUGUUAAAUAUAUAUAUAUAUAUAUAUAUAUAUAUAUAGUAUAUAUAUAUAUGGGGUCGAAUGAGGACUGUCAGGAAGAGGUGAACACUGAAGAAACUGUGAAGGAUUUGAGUUUGUGGAGCUCGCCCAGGGAAAGAGAGACCCUAUUUGUAAAGCAAACUCACCAUCCAUAGGAGGGGUUCAUUGCUUAAAGCCAAAAUCAGCAUCCAGAGACUGUAAUAUAGAAUGCAAAAAAAAAACAACACACACCAUGAGAAAAAAAAAAAGAGAAUAAGACAACAUGCUGUAUACUAUAUGUACAAAAAGAAGAUGGAGGAGUAUCAGUUAUGUUUCGUGUUCAUAGUACAGUAGUAAUAUAGCAGUAUGUAACGUUGGUGUCAUGUAAGAAGCAGUUUGAUUAGUUAAAGAGGAACUCUGUCGUUUUAUCCUGGGCACUAUCUUCUGGUGGUUUUUAGGGGCUAAAUGACUUUUUGAAAUUGAUUCAGUAGAUGACGUCAGCCAGUAGUAUUGAAAACAGGAAGUAAGGCUGCAAAGAAAUAUUUCAAAAAAGCUCCAAUCAAAGUGCUUGUUUUUGUCGCUGACAGUAACAGAAAUAGUCCCUACAGACUCUUUUUCUGAAUGAGUAAGAUGAUUUCCCUGUAAUGAGACACCUCUGUCGUAUCUCUCCCUUUAGAGCCAGACGAGUUCAUGGACAAACACAGUACGUUUACUUCACAGGACACAGGAGGUAGUGGUCUGCCUCGGCCUCUGCCUCAGUCUCUGUUUUUGAUUUGUUGUGUGAUCUUGCUUCUUUGAAAGGGUUGGCUUUAAUUUAACAAAACAGAAUGAUACAAACUUACAAACUGUGCCAGCAGUAAACCUGAACUCUUUAAGUCUAUGUUUUUUUUGUGAAAUGUUGUCAGACACUUAUAAAAACAAUCUGAGCCUGCAAGUGCUCAAAGCUAAAACCUUUAGUGAGUGUUACCUUCAGCUCUUAAAGCCCACUUUGCAGCUGCUGGCUAAGUCAAUGUACAAGAACAGUUCCAAACAUUUCGGUACAUAUUUGUCAUUUACCCCUCAAAUCUAUUAAAAUAGUGACCAGAAAAAAAAAACAACAGACCUCCUCUUUAACAGCGGAUCAUUUGAAAUCAUUCACAUCUUUUGAGUUCUUCGUCUCUGUGAAUGAUCACCAGUCCAGAAACUGUUGAUUCAUGUAAAUUCAUCAACUAAAGACUCAUGACACCCAGCAGCUCAGUGUCUGCUUCGACCAGUGGCACCGUGUAGUGUCCUUAUAGAUACACCUUUAUUUUCUCACCACCAGCACACUGUUGUACGUCUGUAUGUAGAGAAAACACGCGUACCAUGAUGAAAGAAUAAUCAUGGCUUUUAGGUGGGAAAGACUCCCCAUCAGAAAUAUUUGUAAAUAUUGGCUUUUAAUGUGUCCUCUCCUUGUAAUGCUGCACCAUAUUAUUCUGUCAAAUGUGUUCUUUUUUUUUUUCUCUCGAAUUGUUCAGGACCACACAUUAUUUUGUCCCCCUGCGUAUUGCCAUAGCUGUAGUCAUAGAGGAAGUGGGUUCUCAGGGAACUGUGUCGGAGUGGACACCCGCGCAGCAUCACCAUCAGCAUCAUGGCUCAGGCAGCACUGUCCAUCUACUGAUGAAGAGGUACAGAAACAUGGUGGAGGUACUGGAUCGGCUGUGGGUGGAAUGACGGGGCAGACGCAGAUUAUUGUCAGGGGGGAGUUGAUGAGAGAGUCAGGAUUUAGAUAAGAGUUAACUCAAACAAACCUUUUUGCUCACUUUUAACUGAGCUUUAGUGUAAAGUCAGGUGUGAGAAUCCAACAGCAACACGCCUUUCCACAAACGGUUUGCUAGCAGCUUGGUCAAAUAAAGGUUAAAUAUGCAAGUUAGCUUACCAAAACAGACCACUCCUGAUCUCUUUGGAGGAGCAGAAUUUGUUUUAACAAGGUAAAUAAGUUGAAUUCAGGUUCCAGACAAGUAGAUUUUUUUUUUCUUAGAGCUGUGAGGAGUUUUGAACUGGUUAUGAAAAACACUGAAAUUCAUGCUGAUGUUGAUGAUGAAAAUCAUACAAAACCAUCAGCAACAAGACUGAUACUUUCUUUAUAGUCAUUUUGAAUGCUUGUAGCCACUGCUGCCAAGGGGUCGGUGUCAGACGAGGUGAUUAACAACACGCUGCGGAAACAGACUUUCAUUAUAUUUUCUAAAGAUUCCCAGGGACUGACAUGUUUGACUGUUCAAAGAUACCAGGAGGAGAUUUUUCAUCACAGAACACCUCUUACAAAUGGACAGGACACGAUCAGCUAAGUGAUAAGAGGUGUUGCUCUGUCCACAGGGGGGCGCCACAAUCCAUACAAACUGGAUGUUCCUUAAAUUUUUCGCAGCAAAGGGAGAAUCUUUUGUCAAACUUAACGUCAAGGUUUCUCUUUUCAGUCACAUCUAACAAAGGAAAGCAGAAAGCACUGUCACUGUUGGGCAGCUUUGCUGUGAAUCAAACGAAAUGAUUGCCAGACCCCGUUGAAUGGCAAUUUCCAUUAAAGCUUUUUAUGAGGAAGUUUCCAUGUGUGCUGAUUUUGGCGCCCCCCUGUGGACAAAGCAGUGCAUCUUAUCUCUUUGCUGAUUUUGUCCUGUUCACGUUACAAAAAAAUUCUUCUUUAACAAUCAAAUGUAUCUCAUGGAGAAUAUUUACCAGCAAAAAAUGUCAGCUAAGGCUGUGUAUGCAUUGUUCACUUUGUCUGACACGCACCACACAGCACGGGCUUCAAACAUUAAUAAUUACAGUGAAGAAGUAACACAGUCUUAAUGCUGAUGGUCAUGCUCUCAUGUUUCAUAACCUGCUCCUCACAGGAGCUCUAAAGUGAAUAUCAUUUAGUCCAAGUUGUAGCUGGUGUUAGAAAUGAUGAUGUGACCUGGCUUUAAAGGACGCUGUUUCUGGAAAAAUUUGAUUUUUUAUUUUUUUUUGCUUUGAGUGUCCGUUACUGCAUGGAGCGACACUCCUCAAAGUACAUAAUGUGAGAGAACAUGAUUUUUAUUUGUUUUGUUUCUUAUUCAAAUGUGCCAUUAGUUGGUCUUUGCUCAGUAGGAGGACAGAGAUGAUAACCUGUGAGGGAGGGGUUUUGUCUCUUUUGAUGUGAUGAAUCUCACUGUUGCACGCCCAUAAACUGAUCAACUCAAAGACGUUUUAUUGAGUCAUGCUUCUGUUCGGCCCCCUGCCCAUAUAGUGUAGUCUUAUCACCUGAUAUUUGUGGUCUGCCUCUCAGCUUGAGCCAUUUGAACUGAUGGUGUUCUGCUUUUUAAUGACCUUGUUCUUUGUUUUGUUUGUAAAAAAAAAAAAUGUCUCCAUGAAUGUAUUUUGUAUCUUUUUAUGGUACUGUCCCAGCUCAUGAUGCUAGCAUCACCACCUGUGAAGUCAAUGCACUCUCUCUGCUUCUAGCCCCCCUGUUUUUCUUUUGGUUGUUUCUCUGUGGGCUGGCUUCUGCAGACAAAUCUCAGCUGUUACAACCCAAACCCUCUUUUACUCACCCAGAGCAACAAACCAUUCUUUGUCUGAUUUUUUGUGUUCAUAAAUUUUCAUUGCCAGAUCUUUAACCGGUGUCUGUACAGAGUUUUAAGGUUUCCUCAAGACGUCACUUUGAUUUCACGCAGCUUCUCAUUUUGUACUUUGUUCUGUUUUCUUGCCUUAAAAAACAGAAUUUGUGGCAUUAACGGUUUUUUUUUUGUUUGUUUUUUUUGGCUCUGUGGAGAUUCUGAUUAUUUUGUUUAGCCACAUAAUGCCUUAUUAAAAAAACAUUGGGUUUCUAUGUGAUGACAUGUUUGUAGAGCUAAUGUUACUUUCAUUAUCGGUAGAUGUGCCAAUUUUCGUCACAAUCCAUGGAUUCAUUUUUGAGUACAUAAAAUGUAAAAAAAAAAGAAAAAGUGUACUCCUUUUAAACAAUUUCCCAGAGCUCAACGUUAUGUUUUCAAACUUCUCUGUUUGUCAAAACUCCCAGAAAUCUUUAUUUAUGCUCUUUAAAGACAAAGUAAAGCAGCAAAUCUUCUCGUGUAAGAAGCUGGAACCGAUAUGACAUAUUUUCCCCACAGGAAGUUACUGAAACAGCAAAUUGACUAAAUAAUGUUUGCAAUUAAUUUUCUUUGAAUCGAUUAAGUGAAAAUCAUUGCAGCUUUGUUUGUAUGAUAAUACACGAGUGCACACACAUGCAUGCACACACACUCACACACACAGCCUGCACACGAGGCUCAGGAGGCUGAAGAGGAAGUUCCUUUUAGGGCAUUUGGUUGAUUUUGUCAGAUCACUGCACCUUCCUGCAUCGGCUGCUAUAAGCCAGCCGCUAAGUCUCUCUUUUUAGUCCGCUUUUACACAUGUACAAAGUUCAGUCAUUGGUUCUUAAAUGACUGUUUUGCUCCCCACUUGUCUUAAUGUUGCCUCUUAAUGUCAAAUAGUUUGCUUUAAAAAAAAUGUCGUUGGGCACAGAGUUUGAUCAUGUUGAACUUGGCCAUGUUUGGAGAUGUUAAUGUCUUGCUUGCUUAUCUCAGAGGUUGCAGGAACAAUGUGAUGUUUGGAGAAACAGUGUGAGGUGUUUUAAAAACCACUUAUACUGAAAUAAACUUUAUGAAAAUCAAA